AUGCAGAGUACACUAACAGAAUUGAAUCUGAAGAUGUUGGUGAACUUCGGACCAAACCCCUACUUUUACAGGGUGAAUAAUGGCCUUGGGGAGAUGGACAUGACUGGCAGUGGGUGGAGGUGGCUGGGUUCACGUUUUGCAUGCAUCUACCUACGUUUUGCAUGGGGUUUUAUGGCUUUCUACCUCUUAGAGGUCUUCACUUUUAGGUGUUUUACAGUAGCAUACAUUGUGGUGUUCUUCUUCUUGUUGAUGGCCUCCUUUAGAACCACAAAGCUUGGAUUUGGCAUUCCUAAGGUUUUAUAUGGCAUCUACUUGGCAGGUCCCUUGCUCUUUGCGCCACCUCUUGCAUCUGCUCACACUGCCCUCCCUCCUGUUGCUGUUGCCGCUGGCGCUUCCUUACCACCUUCUUUAUGGCUUCACGUUGGCACUGCUCGUCGAUGUUCUCCAACUGCAAACAAUACUGUUGAAGCAACUGUUGUUACUGAUGUUGGUUUGUGACCAUCCUAAGUGCCAAAUCAUACGGCCUUCCCUACGAUAAGUACCUCUCACAGUCACGGAGUUGUUGCCUCUUGAUUUUUUGGUAUGCAUGGCAAUUACAUGGAG